AUGAGUGUUGAAGGUGAUUUGAUUUAAAAUGAAAUAGAUGAGGAUUUAAUUUAUCUAGAGAUGUAUGAAGCUAUCUUAGAGGAAUUGCAUGUAGACGAAGAUUCAGGAGAAGAAACACCUGAAUUAGAUUCAUUAGGGUUUACAAAAGAGCAAAUUUCUUAAAUUAGGAAAGGAGGGAUAUAAGUAUUCAAAGAAAUACUAUAAAAGCGUGUUAGAGAAAGCACUGAAUAAGAAUAAAAUGAAAACGAAUAUAAUUAAUAAAUCACAAGUAUUGACUAAUAAGAUAAUCAUAAUUAAUAAGAAAAUGGAAAAAUUAUAAAGCAACAAACUGAAAAUAGUUUAGAAUAAUAAAUUGAAAUUCAAAAAUCUCCAAAUAGUUAGUUAGAUGGCACUAAAACUAAUUAAAUUAUUGAUGCUUAAGAUAAUGCUGAAAAUCAAAAGGAAGACAUCCUAUAAAGAAGUAAAAAUUAAAAAGAAAUAGAGCUAUAAAAGACACUGGAAGAAGCUUAAUAAUAGCAAGAGGAAAUUCUUAAACAAACAUUAUAAAGAGAUGAAUAAAUAGCUUAGGAAAGUGCAGUUUAAAAAGAUAUAAAUUUAAAAGAAGAGUUAACCAAUUAAGCAUAAGGCUUUAUUUAGCAGUAGGAUUAGAAUUCUCAUUAUAGUGAGACUGUUGACUAAAGCCAAUAAAAUUAAUAAGAGUAAUUUUUAGAUAUUAAAAUUAAUAAUGAGGAUACUCAAAGGAAUAAUGAGAAUUAAAUAAAUUAACCUGAAAAAAAAGUGAAUAAUCCUAAAGAUAUUUAGAAUAACUAAAUAAAUCAUGAUUAAUACCAGCAAGAAGAAAAUUAUGAUUCGUGUUAAUUUUAAAAUGAAAAACAAGCUUUUAACGAUUAAAAUUACUAGAGUCUAAAAAUUGAUUAUGAAACAAUAUCUCCUAUUUGCAAAAGAGAUUAAUAUAGAGAAUAACAAUUUGUUCAAUCUUAUAAUUAACAGUCUCUUUCUGCUAAAAACUCAUCAGGAGGAAAUGAACAAUUUUCAAAUUCAUCAAAUAAAUUCAAUUCUGCUUAAAACAGUAACGAAAAAAAUAAAUCUAGUAAAGCUAAUAAGAUAAUUAAUGAUAUUUUUAGUUUGAGUGGAAUUAAGGUUGGUUAAUACAAAAGUAUCACACCCAUGGGUUACAGCUCUGUAAAUUUAAGUACUUCAAACGUGAACAAUCGUAAAGAUUAUAACUAAAGUGCUUUAACAUAAUAUCAAUAUGCUAGCACUUCUUCAACAAAAAAUACUGAUAAAGAAGAUUAUGUUACUAGACUUUAUAGAAAACAAGAAGAAAUUGAAGAGAAGAUAAGACAGAUGUAAGAAGAUAAAUUAAAAAAAGAAUAAGAGAAAUAUAAAAUUGAAAUAGCUAAAGGCUCUUAAAAGAUAUUACAAAAGACUUUUUAUAGGAAGCCAUCUGAUAUAUCAACUACUUUAUACAAAGAUUAAAUUGAAAAGAGAUAAUAGCUUCUUGAAGAAAAGAAGAAAGAAAAGAUAGAGUCUGAGAUUAAAAACUGUACUUUCUACCCAUAAACUCUAUAAAAAAGUAAUAUAAAUAAGAUAGAUGGCAAAUCUGUAAAUUAGUUUUAUGAUGAAUAAUAAAAAUGGAAACAAAAUAAAACAUAAACAAUAGUUCAAGGUUAACUUGAAUAAAUAAAGAAAGAGCUUGAAGGGGCCACUUUUCAUCCAAAAAUUAACAAACAAAGCCAGAGCAUAAUCAGAGAUAUUAAAGUUGAAGAAAAACUUAUUUAAGAUAAAGAAAAGUUUUUAGAAAAACAAAAAAAGUUAUCAGAAUCUAGCUAGCCAUUGUUUAAGCCAGUAAUAUUGCCAAAAUCUCAAGAAUUAGCUAAAAAAAGAAAAGAAAAAGAAUUUGUUCCUACUUUUGAAGUUUCAUCCAAAUAUAAUUGA